CUUAAUCUUUGACGCGCAGCUUCUGCAGCGCCGCCCCAUCACCACGCCAUUGCGCCCUGCCCUUCGCCUUUGUAUUCUCAUCACUUUAAUAUCCGUGCGAUUUGAACCAUGGCCAACAUCUCCGGCAACGCACCCGCCCCGGUGCUCAGCGCCCCGGGGCCGUUCCCCGUAGGCAUUCCCGAGCCCGGCACCAGCUCGCUGUGGGACCGGCUGAGCAGCUGGGCCGCCGAGAACAAGGGCGUCGUCUACACCAUUGCGGGCGUGACGCUUGUCGUCGGCGCGGGCGGCGCCAUCUACUACCUCAACUCGACAGACUCGACAUCAGACGGAUCCGCGGGCGCCACAGCAAACAAGCGCAAGAAGCAGCGCGAGCGGCGGCGCGAGAAGGAGCGCGCCGCGAAGGCGAGCGAGCCCAAGGACGAGCCCAAGGCGGAGAAGGCGUCGGUCGCGGCCGCCGAGGACGAGCUGCCGGAGGUGGACGAGAGCACAGUGGGCGCGCUGUCGGAAGAGGAGCGCAAGGAAUACGCCGCCAAGCUCAAGGCUGCCGGCAACAAGGCCUAUGGGUCCAAGGACUACAACCGCGCCAUCGGCCUGUACGGCAAGGCCAUCCUGUGCAAGCAGGACCCCGUCUUCUACUCGAACCGCGCCGCCUGCUACAACGCCAUGUCCGACUGGGACAAGGUCAUCGACGACACCACAGCCGCCAUCAACCUCGACAACGAGUACGUCAAGGCCCUGAACCGCCGCGCCAACGCCUACGAGCAGGUCGAGCGCAACAGCGAGGCCCUGCUCGACUACACAGCCAGCUGCAUCAUCGACGGCUUCCGCAACGAGAGCAGCGCCCAGAGCGUUGAGCGCCUGCUGAAGAAGGUCGCCGAGCAGAAGGGCAAGGCCAUCCUGGCCUCCAAGGAGAAGAAGCUGCCCAGCCCGACCUUCGUCACCAACUACCUGCAGAGCUUCCGCCCCAAGCCCGCGCCCGCCGGCCUCGACGACGAUGCCGAGCUGGCCGAGGACAGCGGCAAGGGCCAGCUGCGCAAGGGUCUGCAGGCCAUGGCCACCAAGACGGGCGAGGGCUACGCCGAGGCGGCGUCUGCCUUCGACCGCGCCCUGGAGCUGGGCGACCUUGGCGAGCACGAGGCCUUUGCCUACAACAUGCGCGGCACCUUCCGCUACCUCAAGGGCGACAACGAGGAUGCCCUGGAGGACAUGGACAAGAGCGUCGAGCUGCAACCGGCGCUGACACAGAGCUUCAUCAAGCGCGCCAGCAUGCACCUGGAACUCGCCAACCCCGAGGCCGCCGAAGCCGACUUCGCGACCGCCCUUGCCCAGAACGAGACCGACCCCGACAUCUUCUACCACCGCGCACAACUGCACUUCAUCAAGUCCGAGUUCGGUGAGGCCGCCAAGGACUACCAGCGCUCCAUCGACCUCGAUGAGACCUUCAUCUUCUCGCACAUCCAGCUCGGUGUCACACAGUACAAGAUGGGCUCCAUCGCCUCGUCCAUGGCCACCUUCCGCCGCUGCAUGAAGAACUUCUCCCAGGUUCCCGACGUCUACAACUACUACGGCGAGCUGCUGCUCGACCAGCAAAAGUACCAGGAGGCCAUCGAGAAGUUUGACACCGCCGUCGAGAUGGAGAAGAGCAGCAAGCCGCUCGGCAUGAACGUUCUGCCCCUCAUUAACAAGGCCCUCGCCCUCUUCCAGUGGAAGAACGACUUCAACGAGGCCGAGAAGCUGUGCGAAAAGGCCCUCAUCAUCGACCCCGAGUGCGACAUCGCUGUCGCCACAAUGGCCCAACUCCUCCUCCAGCAGGGCAAGGUCACCGAGGCCCUCAAAUACUUCGAGCGCGCCGCCGAGCUCUCCCGGACAGAAGGCGAGAUCGUCAACGCCCUUAGCUACGCCGAGGCCACACGGACCCAGCUCGAGGUCCAGGAGAAGUACCCCAAGCUGGCCAGCCGACUGGGCGCCAUGGGCGCGGCCGCCGGCGCCGGCGGCUUCGGCAUGAGAUAGGACUAGGUGUUGUCGCUGCUGCUGGUGUUGCGUGUUGCGUGUACUCGGGGCUUCAGAAUCUUGUAAUUACUACUACUCUCCUCGGACAGCGUGUUUUGGGUUGUCGGUUGGCGUUGUAAAAUGUACAUGUACACCAUCUUGAAACGAAGUUAUUGUCUACCCAGCGGCGGACGCGCGUGCGAUGUGUUUG